CGAGGAACACAUUCACUCCUCCAAGCAACCAUUAAUCACCGCAAUAUGCGAGUGACCAAGGGCUGUGUUCGCUGUCGCCAUCGUCAUGUCCGCUGUGUGGUUCCUGUUGGCGCCUCUUCAUGCUCUUACUGCACGCGCUUAGGCCAACCAUGUCAUUUAGAGCCGCGCUUCAAGUUCAGGCCUGUCCGCCAUAUAUAUCAACAGUGUGAUAAUGCUCCAGCCCGCUUCGACCUUGUCUGGGAUGACCAGCAGGUCUGGGUGGGUGUCUCCCGGCCAGUGACUUUUGUUCCUGAGACCGACGAUGUCGCGCAUGAAUCGCCUGAAUUAGAGGACAAGAACCAGGAGCCUGAGCUAUCAUAUCCAUCACCCGAUGAUAGCCAACUGAUACCUCCAGAUGCGGUUGAGUCUGUUCCGACCGAUAUCUUCUUAGAUAGUACCCCCCACCCUGGACCCAUCGACGCCUCGUCACUAUCCCUACGAGAGGCAUUUUUAAUCCGCUCUUAUAUUCAAAAGAUCGCAGCCGUGGCAGAUAUCUGUGACCCCCAGUCUCACUUCAGCACCGAAGUCCCACGCCGAGCACUCGAGGAACCAAUGCUCUUGAAGGCUCUCCUGGCACUCGCUUCCAGACAUGAUGCCAUAUUGACAAAUCACAGCGACUGUGAAGCGUCGGCCUUUCAUGGAGAAUGCCUGGAGCUACUUAUCGUCGCCCUCAAUGAACCACAGGAGAACUAUGAAAAUCUCCUCCUCACCGUGGUGGUGCUUCGGUUCUACGAAGAAUUGGAGGGGAAUACCGAUAGGAAAUACCACCUCCUUGGGUCUAACCGCCUGCUUAAUAUUAUGUCUCGAUCAGCAUCUUCUGGGGGAUUGGCCGAGGCCGUGAGCUGGCAAUUCCUGCGCCAGGCCAUUUACUCAUCCAUAGUUCAGUGUGAGCCGAUGCAACUGGAUUUGCGGAAUUAUGAGCGAUCCUCAGUCUUUCAUCGCGACGAUGAUGCGGCCCACGCCAACUCUAUCAUAUUUUUAUGUGCAUGCAUCAUUCAGCAAUCCUUCGCCGCGCCAGGGUACGCCAUUGACCGGAAAAGCUGGCAGCGCCUGGCGGACUGCGUGGAGGAGUGGCACUGCAACAAGCCGAGGACCUGGCAACCAAUGCGAUAUGACGCUCCCGACCUGACCUCGAAUCGACCCUUUCCUGAAUUGUGGAUCAUGUCGCCCCCGGCCGUGGUUGGUUUGCAGUAUUACCACGCUUCUAGCAUAUUUCUCACCUUGUCGGACGCACCGUCGCAGCAGUUGACGGACUAUGAAAUGGCUCGAGCUCGACUCGUUGCAGAAAAAAAGAUUGCCAGUCAUAUAGUCACGGCCAUUGGACUAUCAUUAUCGAAUGAAAGUGUUCAAAAUAGCUAUUUCAUAGCAUCGCACCUGCUCCAACGUUUUGGAUAUUGCCUACGACAGCCCGCCCAACAGCAGGGAGCACUACAGUUUCUGUCUCGUGUAGAGAAGAACCUCGGCUGGCGCACCUCGUGGAUCGGGCAAGAAUUAGAGCGCCAAUGGGUGGAACUGGCGGCCGUUGGCUCCAUAGGUGAUUGAGACAUUCUGUUCUCUUUGGCGACAAUUAGGUUUCUACUCCAGAAACCAGUCACGCCCAGCAAGCUCUUGUUGGAUUUGCGACACAAUCCAUUAUAUGCCU